AUGCUGAAUCAUGUGCCAAAAGAAGAUGGUUUGCCAGCACGAGUCAAGCAAGAGAAACAAGAGAUGGACAAUCUGCUCUCCCAAGCCUUGGCUAAACUCACUUUUGAAGAAAGGGAAAAGCAUCAGGAAGUUCUGCAUGGUGUAAAAAGCAACCUUGUUGAAGACAAAAGAGCAUUGGACAGCGCACUGCAAGAACUAGACGGUCGACUUAGGAACACCAAGCACUGCACUUCCUAUGAGGUGGCUGAAACCCUGGACGCUGCAUAUGUCAGUGCCAGAUCCUUUCGGGUUAUGUUUCUGAGGGCUAACGAAUACAACGCCAAAGCUGCAGCGGAUCAAAUGCUGCGAUUCUUCGAGUUGAAGUCCAACCUUUUCGGAACAGACAAGCUAGUCAAGGACAUCACAAUCAAAGACCUUGGCGAAGGGGACAUAGCUUACCUCAAACGAUCAUUCGUACAGCUUGCGGGAAGGGAUAGAUCGGGCAGACAAGUUACUGUACACCUUGCAGGCCUCCUUGGAAAUUCGGAGUCUAGCUAUACUAUACAGAACGCUUGUCGGGCACAAUACUAUGUGUUUAUGAAAACCUUGCAAUCAGAAGAGAGUCAAAUCCGAGGAACAGUCUCAAUAUGGUAUGCCAUUGGAAGCUUACAGGCAAAAUCGCGAAAAGGUUUCUUCGAGACCUUCGUAAGCGCAAGGGCACUACCACAGAAGAAAGCAGCCAUUCAUCUGUGUGUUGAUGACAUAACACAAUCUGCGCUAGCCAACGUUGUAGUUAAGCUGAUGCCGGCCGACAUGCGAGCCCGGAUGAGAAUGCACUAUGGCUCUUUGACUGAAUGCAAAUAUCAGCUGUCCACAUAUGGAAUUUUGCCGGAAUCACUACCGCUAGAUGUCCAUGGAAACAUCAAUUUUCAUCGACAGCUACACUGGGUCGAAUCUUGUAUCAUGGAAGAACUGUUUGAUCGUCCCUCGUCGCCCAAAGCAUUGGAAGCUAUCACUGUGCCUAAUCAAAAUGACGUAUUAUUCACUGGUGGCCAAGUGGCCAACCAUGUAGGAAACGAGCUGUUCCAAGCGCUGAUUCUUGACUACAGUCAAACUUACGACUCUGGAACUGGCGCAACAAAGAGACAGAUUAUCAGUGAAGUCAUUGUCAAGAUCCAAGAGGUCGGCGGUCGUUUUCUCAAACCACAAGGCAAGGGUGCUAACAAGCUUUGGGAGGAAGUUCCACCGGAGAAGUUGCGGAAAAAGAUAGUGCAAGCGUUCCGCAAUCGUCGCCGCCGACUGGAUGCUUUCAAAAACAAAGCCACCCUGAUUUCAGGCGAACCUCUUCCUCCUGACGUGAUCUUUGGAAGGGCACCAAGAAAUCCAGGAAAUGAGCUUCUUCAACGCCUGGUGAAGGAGCAUGCGGAAGAAUAUGAGUCUUUGAAUCGUGGGUUGAAACUUAGAGUUGUGGAAGGGAUCAUAAAAACAAUAAAGGAUCAAGGUGGUCGUUUCCUUGAGCCGGCACCGGAAAAAGGUAGAUGGGUCGAAGUUUCUGUUGAAAAUGCAAGAGAACGAACGUCCACAUACUUUCGAAACCAACGGAGGUCUGUCAAAAGAGGAUAUUAG